GUCGUCGUAUAAUGAUAUAAUUUGUGGAAAGGUUCUCUACGUCAAUUCGUUUCUUGUAUUGAGAGGCAAAAGGCAAUACAGAGAGGGAGACAGAGCGAAGAUGGCUUGCCUUCACGAUCACGACUGCGGAGAUCACGACUGUUCUUCCAGUUGGUCUCUCUACAAACACAUUGACCUCUCCAAGGUUACUGCUCUGAAUGAGGCUGUCAUAGGCAGUGUAAAGUCUAUUUUUAAACCAUGGGAACAGCGUCUUAAUUCAUCAGAGGGUUACUUGGAGAGCAAUGAGGGUGAUCCUGAAUUGAUUGUCUUCAUCCCAUUUACUUCGGAUGUUAAAAUCAAGAGCAUUGCAAUUGUUGGUGGUUCUGAUGGAACAAGUCCUUCCAAGAUGAGAGUGUUUAUUAAUAGAGAUGGUAUAGACUUUUCAGAUGCUCAAAAUAUGCAACCAGUUCAGGAAUGGGAUUUGGCUGAAAAUUUGCAAGGUGUCCUAGAGUAUCAAACAAGGUACUCCAAGUUUCAAAGUGUUGGGAAUAUCACCUUGCAUUUCCCUGACAGUUUUGGUGCAGAUGUUACUCAAAUCCAUUACAUUGGCUUAAAAGGAGAAGCCACCCAGAUGAAGAGGGAUGCUGUUGCAAAUAUUGUCUACGAGCUUAUGCCUAAUCCUUCCGAUCACAAAACGCGUGCUGAGCAUGGUGGUGGCUUUUCACACGUGGAAUAAUGGUUCUUUCAUGAAGAAGGGUCGAGAGAAAAAUGGAGAAAGGAAAUGGCGUCUUGUAUUAUCCCACAAGUAGUUAUGAGUGGUCCAACGUGUGUACAUUUGAUGAUCGAACACCACUGCCCUGAAUAACAACAUUUAGGAGUCUUGCAUGCUAAUAUAUAUGGAUAUGGUUUUAACCUCUAUCCUAAUGAAGUUUGGAGUUGUCUUCUCAUC